AUGUCGGGGAGCUCUAGGAAAGAGUUUAUCCAAACCUAUCGCGACAGUACCCCUGGAGUAAAUACCAUCACUGAUUGGGAUGUUAGAUACAAUGAUAUGGCGCAGUUAUCACUAGACAGGACACCGAAAACUAUACCGAUAGGUCACCAUAAUAUACGUGUAAAAUAUGGUGCAAGCAUCUUACAUAAACGUUGA